AUGGCUGCGGCAUUCGUCGCACCCUGGGGUAGCGCAGGCCCGGCGGUGGCACAGUCCAGACCGACCAGAGUAUGCGCUGAUGUUCCCACAGCCAGGUGCUUGCCGCCUGCGCGAGCUGUGCCAGCAUGGAAGACAUCAAGGUCCAUGCAGUGCUCACUAUCGCCGGUACUGUUCAGCCUGGCUACAGCGUUUGUGGCCUGUAGGAGCCGCAGGAGAGGACGAGGAGGAGUCCUUUUGAGGCGGGGCUCAGAAGUGGACGUGGAACAGCGAUUGCGUGAAGUGGAAAGCGCGAUGAUGGCAGAUGAUGAGGAGGUUCUUUCAGAUGUGCCCGAAUUGAGCCGGCAGGUCGAGGGUGGUCGUCCGCGCUAUGCGGAAACACGCAGCCUCCCACGUGUUCUCUUUCUUCCAGAGCCGAAGUACCGCGCCUUUGUUGCCAAUGUGCCCGGCGACAGUGGAUUUGAUCCUCUUGGGCUUUGCUCAGACGUGCCAACCUUUGUUCAGUACAGAGAGGCCGAACUGAAACAUGGACGCCUGGCCAUGUUUGCGGCGGUGGCAUGGCCUCUGGCCGAGGUCACCUGCCCUUGA